AUGUCGUGGGUGUUUCGGAUCCGCGCAGCCGCCUCAGUCCAGAUCACAGAUCUGACCAGGCUCGUUCCGAAGGACCCGGCGGUGGUGCUGAUUUCGACCGGCGCGAACCGCGAUGAAUGGAUCUGCGUGCAGGAGUGCUGCGAGAAGGCGAACGGAGUUACUUUUGCGCAAGCGGCAGAGCAUGUGGUCUCACAGAGGCACAACGACGGGGUGUCAGCUGGCUUUGCAUCGCGCGUUUCAAAGGCUGGGGUGGCGCUGCAGGCGGCGAGGAAGGAGUUCGGGGAACCUGGCCCGGGUGUCUGGCGCUUUCCGGCUAGACUGGUGAAGCGCCCUGGUGUAGAAGUGGCGGUGGCUGAGGUGAUCCGGAGGCAUGGAGCAGAGGGGUGUGACGACUUUGACAAGUUGUCCAGACGCCUGGGAGCUCGCCUGCGAAAAUACGACAAGGAGGAGAGAAGGCGGGUCAAAAUGACAUGGCGCGCACUGGAGGAGAAAGUGAGCACGCUGCAGCAAAAAGCGAUGGGUGACCCGAGUGAUGACAAGUUGCAGGCACUGCUGACGAACAGGGAGGCGAUGCUGGAGAGGUACUGGGAUGGCCGACGAAAUCUCCUGCAAACAAGAAUGGGGCUGAAGGUGCAACUGAAUGGUGAGGCACCUACCGCUCUUCUUUCGGCGCUGGUUAAAAUCAGGAAAGCAAAAUCGGGGAUUAAGGAACUAGUACGGAAUGGUGUAAGUCAUACAGAAGCUCGGGAGAUCCUGGCAGCGGCCACGAGUCAUUUUGCGGAGGCUUUUGACGACCAGGCAGGGGGUGAUGAGGCAGAGCCGUGGGAGUUGCUUAAGAAGCCGGUGAUGAACAUGGUUGAGCAGUUUGUAACAUCAGGGAAGCUGCCGGAGGUGGCGAACGAAGCGGUCACGAUUCUGCUUUACAAGAAGGGGGAGGAGACAGAUGUCAGAAACUACAGGCCAAUAACGCUGCUGACUAGCGUCUACAAGAUCCUAUCGAAGGUGAUGGCGACUAGGAUGAAAGCGGUGCUGGAUCAAGUGAUUUCAAAGGAGCAGUUUGGCUUUUUACCCAGCAGACGGCUUACAGACGCAGUGCCGUUGGUCGCUGAUUUGAUUGAGACAGCCAAGAACGAAGGCAGUGACUGGUAUUUGCUACUCAUCGACUUCGAGAAGGCGUAUGAUUCGAUACGAAGGGAUGACACCACACUGUUGCUGGAAGGGGAGGCAGAACUAUUGGAGGCGGGCGCGGUGCUACAAGAUUUCGCAGCAGUGUCAGGGCUGAAGGUGAAUGCUGGAAAGUCUGCCGUGCUUCCACUGGGGAAGAAUGUGGGGGAACCGGCGCCGGCUGGUUUGGGCUACAAGUGGGUGGAGAAAGAGAUGGCAGAGAGAUUGCUGGGGGUGUGGAUUACACCCGGGGGAAAUGCAGAGAUUACGUGGGAAAAGGCCUUCGACAGGGCGGCAGAGGAAUUGAGCAAAUGGCAAGUGAAAUAUUUAACGACGGGUGCGAGAGUGACCAUCAUCAACAGCUACAUUAUCCCUAUAUUUCUCUUCCAGGCGCAGGUGUAUCCCCCGGACGACUUGCUGUGGAGGAGGGUCGAGAAGCUGAUUGAAAAUUUUGUGUCAGGCAACCACGCGGAUACAGAAAAGCAUUUCAGAUUAUGGAGCGGCGGACUGAUUUAUGCGCCAAGAGAGCUGGGGGGCCUGGGGGUGAUUGACCCACGCGGAAGGAUCGACAGUGUGGCCUUACGCUGCGUGGGGCUGACGCUGUUGCAAGAGUGCUCUCUCCGGCGCGGGCUGGCGGAACGGGCGGCGGGCCUGCCUCUGGGAUGGGCGACGCUGUACGCACACAAGGCGGUGUUAAAAGGGGGAUUGAUUCAAAGCAGAAGGUGGGCAAGAAUCUGUAAAGCGGUCCUUAAAUCGACGGUGGUGAAGGUGAGAGAGGCGGCGUCGAGAUGGGAGGUGGCGGAGGAGUUUCUUUGUUUCAACAGGCGAAUUAUUCACCGGGGAAAUGCUCCCUUCGGCGGACAGAAGGGCACUGAGAAGCUAAGAAAGUGGAAGAUGCAGGAUAUGGUUUCACGGAAGUGGGACGGCACGGUGGUGCUGAAGUCGAAAGAAACGCUAGAGAGAGAGCUUGGGGGGGGGGGGGAAGAAGCAGAGAUGGCGUUAAAGGCGUUCGCGGCAGCUUCGGAGCAAUGGAGGAGGUGGCUGCUGGCGCCACUGACGGCGGACAAGGUCGCAGCCGAAUCACCGGUGGUGAGCACUAAGCUCCCGGGAGGUCAGAGGUGUCUAUGGGAGAUUUGCACUUGCAUGGGAAGGAAAGUCGAGCUAUGCGGUCUAGACGGGAAUGGGGAGCGAACGGCCUGGAAGGUCAAAAUUGUGCUGGGGUGUGACAGCGUGGUGCCGGUGGCGUUCUCUAAGUCACGAGCAGUAAGGGAGAUUGGGGAUGGUAGGACGCGGCUGUUGGGAUCGACCCUGUUUGAGGAGGACAAGGUGGCUCCGCUGAAACGACUCACCGAAGAGACACGUGGACCGGCUGGCAGACCUGCUAUUCAGGAAGGAAGAGACGAGGUCCGGUUUUCCGGAGGCAACAAUGGUGGCGGUGGCAGUUCACCAGAUCUGGCUGGGGAGGUGUGA